AUGGAUACUAGAACUUUUCCGCCAGAAUUUCAUUCUAAAUUAGCAGAGCUGCAAAAAGCAUUAGACGAUGAAUAUAUCACAAAAAAAGGAUUCGAAAAAGAAAAGAAUGCAUUACUAGAAAAGUAUAAAGAUUUUACUUCUGUCGAAAACAAGGUUGCAAUAUCGACGUCUUUCAUGCCUACUUCUAAUUCAGUAUCGUCUGAUUAUAACGGAGGAGCGUCACUUGAUAACGGAAAUAAUUUACAAAAUUCUUACGCUACAAAUGGAGAUAUUAAUUUACAGCCUUAUAGAUCAGAGGAUAUAAGCAAUAAUAAACCCAAACAUAACCUUUAUUUGAAUGGUGAAGAACUUUCUUACCCUUCUAAUAAGGAUAUUCCAUCAUUAUCAUUUGGUUAUCCGAAUCAGCAUCGUCAUUCAAGCAAUAUAGUAAUGCCUUCACAUACAAACGUACAUUCUCAUAUUCGUACCCAUAGUGUCGAUGCAAUAGAUACUUCUAAUCAGAAGCCUGUUUUGGUGUCGCGAAAAACUGAUUCUCAACAAUUGAACGGAUCCAAUUUAAAUUUUUCUAUGACGCCACCUGUACCUCCAUCUUUAGAUCCUAACUCUUCACGAUGGGGAAGUAAGUCAUUGCCACCUACACCGGGUUAUAUGCCAGUACAACCACAACAUGGCUAUAAUUCAUCAUUACCUUAUCAUCCUUCACCAAUGGGUUAUGGCUCAGGUAAUGGUAUGUAUGGCACUAUGCCUCGACCAAUGCCUGGACCACAUGUUAUCAGACCUCAACCACGGCCGGUGCAACAUAUUCGACCACCUUUUAAUAAUGAUAUUCCAAUGGCUGGAAGGACACAAAAGCUUAUUAACGAAGAACUGGAAAUGAGAAGGCCAAAUGAUAAUGCAUCAAUUAUAUCUAGUAAAUCAUAUGGUUUUAGGUUGGAUGGUUCAACAAAUCAAACCAUACCUAGUGAUGAAAGAUUCAUUAAACCUGGAGAUAUACCUAGAAGAAAAGAUUUGGAAGAUUUCGAUCCAAGUCUUUCAAAAUUGGCUGGAAAACAAUUCAUGCCGUUCGAACCUCGUGAAAUCCCUUUUAAGAUCACUGAUCCAUUGAACUCUUCGCAACCUCUUUCAGAUUUUUCUAAUAUAGCUUCGAUCCUUCAAUACAGGAGUAAUAAUACUCCAAAAAAGAGAGCUUUUCUAGCGGUUGAUCAAAAAGGACGUGAGUCUGGUGAUUUUACUUGGGAAAAAUUGAAUUCGAAAGCUGAAAGAAUGGGUCAAAUUAUAAUACGAGAUAGUGGAUUAAUGGUGGGUGAAAGGGUUGCAUUAAUAUAUCGUAAAAAUGAAAUCCUUGACUUUUUAGUUGCUUUAUUUGGUUGUUUUUUUGCUGGUGUUGUAGCUGUACCAAUUAAUGCUGUUGAAAAAUUUGAUGAACUUUUAUUCAUACUUGACAGUUCAAAUGCUAAAUUAGUACUCACAACUAAUAAUAAUUAUAAAGUAUUUACUCAAGAUCUAUCAAAACAACAAAAAGAAUUACCAAAAAAUAUAUUGUGGUGGAAAACUGAUGAUUUUCAUUCAAUGAAGAAAGGUGAAAAACUUGGAAAGUAUAAUUCUACUGAUUUAGCGUACAUUGAGUAUACUAAAAGUCCUAAUGGCGAAUUGAAAGGUGUAGUGAUAAGUCAUAAAACAAUAUUAGCUCAGUGUAAAGUAACGAGUGGAAGUGUUAUAGACAGUAAAGGUCGAAAGCAAUUAGGUGAAGGAAGUAAAGAAGCAAAUAUGUUGACACAAGACACAUUAUUAACUUAUUUAGAACCUAGACAACAAGUAGGAUUGUUAUUAGGUGCAUUAUGGGGUGUUUAUUAUGGAAAUUUGACAGUAUUUUUGGCAAGUCUUGGACCGGACACUCCAGGACUUUGGAUGAAUUGCGUUUCUAAAUAUCAAG